AUGCCUCUACCCGAUGUGUUGGCCAAGCGAGUCGACGAGUAUGUCGACUCGCUGGCACCUCAAAUCCAACCCCGCAUCGCGUCCGAGAUCGACAUCUUCCAGAACAAGACCAUCGACAGCCUCGAGGACCAGGUCGUCGAUGCUUUUCGCUCGCUGUUCGACAAAGACAAGGGCCACUCAGAAGGCGGCUCGCGGCAUCUGAAUGAUUCGCCUCCAGACGCCUAUGGCGGCCAGUCACUGCCCUUUGCAGAUGAGAUCGCCAAGCUGACACGAAGCUUCUCACAAAUCACUGACGAGGCUGGUGACGACCUGCGUGAUAUCUUUGACCUGACCGAGGGCCGGGGAGGGGGCUCUGGACAGGACCAGUCUCGCGGUAUAGACCACACCGAUUCCUUCUCCAGCGGUGCCAAGGGCUUCCUCUCCGCCGCGAUGAAUGCCGUGCAGGACCACCUUGACAGGGACAGCGGGCCAGGGGGCAAGAAGUUUGAGCUCGACGGACUCCUUGGCGUGCUGAGCGACACUGUCAAGGACGCAGCCCGGAACCCCGAGGAGAAGGCCCGCAUGAUCAGCCCCGAGAUCAAGGAGAAGGUCGGCGCGAAGCUGAGGGAGCAGCACGCACCCAUCGCUGAGCAGUUCACCCGCAUCGCGCUGGACCACAUCAAGCGCUGGCUGAGGGGGAACACCAGUACCCGUGAUCUCGGCGAUGGUGUCAAGGGGGAGUUCGAGGACCAGGUGAAGGACAUCGUCAAGGGCCUAGGGGGUCUCUUCGGCAGCAAGAAGCACAGCGACGAGGGGGCUUCGAGGGGCAUCGGCGACCGAGACGGCGAGGGCGGUGAGGGCAGCGGCGGCUUCUCCAAGGUCAUCAGCGACAAGCUGAGCACAGGCCUCGCAAAGGUCCACCGCGAGGUCCGGCUCGAGUUCCGCAGCGUGCUGGGCGCCAUCGAGAAGCAGCUGUUCGAGCUGCUGCCCGACGAGUUCCAGCGGCCCCUGGAGAAGAUCCUGGGCGGGAACCCCUUCGACGAGCAGCUCGACCGCGACGCCGGCUCGCAGGACCGUGGCUUCGGGGACGACAUAAAGGUCAAGCUCGUCAACAAGAUCCGCGGCCUGGUGCGCAAGGUGCAGGAGACGCUGCGCGAGAGCAUCCUGGGCCUGGUCAACGGCGGCCACCGCAAGUUCGAGCGCGAGAGCUGGGUCUUCGUGCAGAACAUGGUGGAGCAGAAGGUGCAGAAGUACCUGCCCAAGGUGAAGAUCACCGUGCCCGACGAUAUCGGCAACGAGGGUGUCAGCGUUGGCGCAGUGGCGGCUAGCUCGCAACCUACCGGCGGGCAUCAAUCCAGCGGUGGUCAUCAGCCUCCGCCAUCGACACAUGAGAACUAUCCGCCUCCACCUCCUACUUCCUCCCACGCCCAUACCAGCCUCAGGAGUACAGACCAGACCAAUACCAGUCGCAUCAGCAACAAGGCUAUGGUCAUGGGCAGGGUUAUGGAGGGAACCAGAGCUAUGGCCAUGAUCAAAACUACGGAGGCGGUGGCAAUCCUCCAUACUGAAUCGAUCAGCCAAAUCGAGCAACGGCCACACUUUCGAGUCCCGCGAACUUGA